UGCGGAAGUUGACUUUCGAUAUCGCGGUGAUCCACUGCGCGAGUCGUUGUCACCAUCUCGGAGUCCGAAGCGAUUCAAACAAACUCCGUCGGAGCGUUGCUCUUGUAUAAAAUCAGCCAUUUACUUGGCUCCCGCCGAGCCUUCACCAGCUUUCGAAGUUGCUUGGAAGAUUUUUCGAAGAACUGAAAAACUGGCUGCAAGAUAGCGGAAUCGCAUCGCAUUCGAUUCAGCGAAGUGAUUCAAUGAGAUGCCGAGAUUGAAAGAACCGACUCCUCUGCGGAAAGCAGCCUAUGGGCGCCUGGUAACACAUUUCGUAAAUUACUUCGACCGAUUAAGCGUCAACUGCAGGUUAAGUGAUAUCCGCCGAAGCGUUGCUCAGAUCAAAGGUUACGUGUAUCCUUCCCUGCCACCGAGUCUAUACAACGAGGUCUGCUCGGAAUUCCUGCACAAAUACCUCUGGAUCCAGCGGGAUCGAUACGAAAAUCGUCCCGGUUGCUACAACAGAGCUGCACUCGAAGUAUUAAUGGACAUCGAUAUCGUCGGAUUGCAUUGUGGCGCCGAGAUAAUGAAGAACGUCGAUCACGAAGACGCGCACAGGUUUCGAAGGCUGAGCAUACUGAAGCUGGAUCACCCGUGGACGAACGUCGGAACCAAGAACCUUGGAAACUUUGAGUUGCAAGAUCUUACCGAGCUCCAUUACUCCUAUCUGUGCGUCGACCGUGACCUCGAGGUCAUCGGAACGACCUGCCCAAAGUUGUUGCUUCUGGACAUCGAGGGAGCCAAAAGCGUUACCGACAGAGGAUUGAGAGCCCUUCGGCCCUGCUCCGAGUUGCGCAUCCUUUCUAUUGUCGGGUGCAAAGUGUCCGAUAACGGGGUGAACCAAUUGCUCAACGUUAACGAGAAAAUUACCGAGUUCAACGUCGGGCUUCACACCUUUCCUCGGCAGAGGCGGACCUUCGACGUCUUAUCUAGGCCCAGAUCGUUGGUCUGUCCCUACAUGAGGCGAUUCUCCAUAAAAUCCGACUCGAUUACGAACGCGCAACUGCUCGCUAUCGUAGAGCUGUUCCCCAAUUUGACUCAUCUUCGGAUCAACGGUGAAAUCGAAGGCAAUCUCAGCACGUUAAAUCGGCUCAAGGAACUCGAGGAGCUCAAUUUUGUCAUUAGUAAAUACGAUUAUUACUUGCCGAUGGAGAAUGUCAACGAGCUUUUGGCGAGCAUUGGGAAAAAUAUCACCAUGUUGAACUUGAUGGAGCUGAAGCAAGAAGAAUUGGACUUCUUAUACAAACUCUGCGUGAAUAUUGAGUUCUUGACAUUUUGCCGUGUGAAAUAUUUGUCCCCUAACUCGUUGAUAGUACCUUCGUUUAAAAAACUGAAAACGUUGAAAUAUUCUUUUGCUUAUUCCGGCCAGCAAAUACUGGAAUUUUCUAGAAUGCCCAAACUUGAAGAUCUUUAUUUCUUUCCCAUAACUAAACCUAACUAUCAUUUGAUCCAAAUGAUCGCGGCACUUAUGUUAGAUGACGAAAAGUUUCCGAACUUGGAGUCCGUUUACGCUCCCGCAGUUGCUGACGGAGUCCGCGAAUCCAUAAAUCAGCGUGCGGCGGAAAGAAACAUUAAUUUUUUUUUUCAACCUUCAACACCGUCGUACUAGAUCGCACCUCCAACGUUAUUCAAGAUACAUCUACGUUAUUUUCUUUUCUUCUUUCAAUCGACACCGUGCUAUCCUAUCGUUUGAUGUAGGCGAACUCAACGAGUUGACAAUCUCAACGUUAGAAUAUUCUUAUAAUUUCUUCGUUUGUCGUACAAUUACACAUUGACUACUGCGCACUGUAUAUUUGAAGAAAUAUUUUCUUAAACGAGAUUAACGCUAAAGUGUACUAUCAUAUACAAAAUUGAACAAUUAC